CACUUCGUUUCCUCUUGCAGCAGUGAUGGAACUGGUGGGUGUGGCACAUGGGAACUAAGCUGCCUAUAAAACCACAGACACCUGAGUUGCUUACCUAAAGUAAUAAGGCUGACUUUGCAGAAUGGAAGAGAAAAAGGUCUUGUUGCUGCUGCUUUUGGUAGCGGCUCUAGUGUCACAGGGUUGCUGUCAACAUUGGUCCUAUGUCUUGAACCCAGGGGGGAAAAGAGUGACUGACAGCCUGUCUGACACCCUGGACAAUAUGGCUGAAGACCUUCCGAAGAUAGACACAUCUUGCAGUUUGUUUGGCUGUGCUGAUGUCUCACCUCAUCCUGAAAUGUACCGACUGAGGGCAUUACUUGCAAACCUCGCUGACAGACAAAGUGGACUCAAUAAUAUAUAGCAAAUGUAUUAUGUAUGCUAGCUAACUCUAUUAAACAUUGCGGUGCCGUCA